AUGCGUACGCCGGUUUUACUGAAUUUUGCCCAACUGCAAAACUUCUUCGUCACCGUAGCAAAGGAGAAGCCAUGGCCGUACUUCUUUUGGAGUCAUAUGGAUGCGUUCGUGCUGUCAUUCGAAGAGGGCAUGCAAGGGAUUUCGGGAUCUGUCAAUACGGCUGACUAUCAGACCAUUUACGAGUUGGCCGUGAAGGAAUUAAACGAUACGAUGCGUUCCGACCAUAAAUGGGGAGCUCGAUUUUUUGCAUACGACCACUUGACGCUGGUGAAUCCACGGGCCUACGCAGAUGUCGGCGGCUUCGACACGUUUAUCCCGUACUACAUGACGGACUGCGACAUGCAUUGGCGACUCGAGGAAGCGGGGUGGAGCAUCAAGCAGGCAAAGGCGGGCAUCGUCCAAGACGUUGCGUCGGUUUUGGACGACUUGCGCGUUUUGUAUCGCGAGGGACAAAUUCCUGAGGGAUUCGGCUACACGGAUCCAAACCCACCGCCACCGGCCCAGGUUCUGGGAGAGAACUUGAGAGAGGAGGAAAAGCGGAGUCUACCUGUUCCCGAACUCGACCAAACUGGAACCCCAGUUAACCACACCGUGGGGAGCUCCAACGAACAGUCUGCGAAGACUAUUGAUCCCUUGGAAUCCUUCCGAGUGCUUCAUCGCAUCAGCCAGGAUAUGUUCAAUCACAAGCACGCAGAUCGGGAAAGGAAUACGUGGCAGCUGGGUCAAAGGGGUGGAGACCCGCGCGAGCCGUAUGCUUACGAUGCUCUUGGAUUCCAAGAGGGCAUAGACGUGAUGACAGAGGCAGGGAAAGAAAUAUUCCGUAGAAAAUGGGGACAUCGCGAUUGCGACUUUGGUGCAGCUGGGUUGAAGCCCAGUGAUGCUUGGAAGGUCGAGAAAGACUGGGAAUAA